AUGAAUUCAGCCCAAAGUUAUUUUUUAAUUUCCCUUUUAUUAAUUAGUGCAUUAAUAGCAAUUAUUAGCCUUUUAAUUUUGGCAACUGAUCAGCCUGAUUCCUUACUCGAAGGAAAACACAGAAUUGCCCUUCCCUUACCCAGAACAACCACUACUCCUAUAAUUACUACAACAACAACCAAUUCUACAAUAAUCCCAGAAAAUUCUAAAAAUAUACAGAAUGCCAAAAAUAAUUCAUUGCCAAAUAUUCCGACUAAAGAGCCUUCAAUUAAUGAAUAUUUACUUGAGAAGAUCACAGAGUUUGGGCCGUCUAAUGGAGAGUCUAAAUUUAUGGGGCUUUCAUUAGUUUUGGAUAAUGAAUGGAAGGAACGUUUAUUAUUAGCUAAAGCUGAUGGCCUGAUUGAAUUGAGGGCGUUGGAUACAAAUGUUGUACGUUUAAUGAAACUGCCAAUGUCAAUUUAUCGUCUCCGGCCUUUAAAUUCUACUUUUGCGGUGGUACUGGAUUCAAGCUUUAAACUUUUACAGAUGUGUAAUAUGGAAACAGGAAUUGUUUUGGCAGAACAAAUAUUGGAGCGACCUGCAAAAGAGAUUGUUGUCGAAGGAAAUAUUGUUUAUACGCUGGGAAGAUUUGAAGCUCGCAUUGAUGCUUUCAACAUUUCUAACAAACUAAAACCUGCCAAUUCUCCUUUACCAAUUCGUUUGUCUCACCAACAUUGCCAAUCUUUGGCACGAGGUGGAGAACAAAAAACCCGUUCUUUAUUAGUUGCCUGUCCUUCUGGGAUUCUUCAAAUUGCCGUACAAAAUGGACAAAUUUUACGAACAUUUAAUGAAAUUAACAACACAUUAGAAUCUAAUCCAACAAUGUCAAUAAGUGCUUUACAAAUGCUUACUGGUCCAGAUGGAAAUGCUAUUUUAAUUGCUGCAAGUAGGAUGAGACGUGAAAUGUUGAUGUUUAAUUUGGAUGGUAAAUUAACAGCACGAUUAAGAAUAAAACAAGAAAAACAAGCUAAUGAAAAAAGACUCUGGCUUUGGACUGCAUUAGCAAUGUAUGACGAUAAGAUUUAUGCAAUGGAUUAUAUUGGAAAUAAAGUUGAAGUUUUUAAUUUUCAAAAAAUUGAUAGAAAUGUGUGA